AUGAAAGUGCAGCAAGGCUGCAACUCGUCAGACAUGGGCAUCCCCGUCACCACCGAGGAAGAACUGCGCAGAAACAGCGUCAUCACGCCAGAAGAUGUGCUUGGUUUACAAAAGAUUACCAAGAACUACCUUUGUUCACCAGAGGAAAACGUACACAUGAUCGACUUCACCAGAUUUAAAAUUCGUGAUAUGGAAACAGGAACGGUCCUUUUUGAGAUCACCAAACCUCCUGCACCAGGUCAGCUCAAAACCUUGACACAAAUGGCAGGAGGCAGAAAACAAUGUGAUCCCAACGCCGGCCGCUUUGUUCGCUACCAGUUCACCCCCGCCUUCCUACAAUUGCGGCAGGUCGGAGCUACGGUGGAGUUCACAGUGGGAGACACACCCAUCAACAACUUCCGUAUGAUCGAGAGACACUACUUUCGUGACCAGCUACUCAAGAGCUUUGACUUUGAGUUUGGUUUCUGCAUGCCGAGCAGCAAGAACACAUGCGAGCACAUCUACGAGUUCCCUGCACUGUCAGAGGAUAUCAUGCGUGAAAUGAUCCUGCAUCCAUAUGAGACACAGUCUGACAGCUUCUACUUUGUUGACAACAAGUUGGUGAUGCACAACAAGGCAGACUAUUCCUACAGCGGGGGGCCGUAG